CCUCGUGAGUCGUGCGCCUUGAGCUUCGGGGGAGGGAGGAGAGCGAGAGGAACGCCAUUGCCAUCGUGCUUAACAAGCUUAUGAUGGGAUCCACUCCUCUUCUGAUCCAUUGACUUCAGCUCUAAUGGUGGAUCUCGAGUCUUCACUGUCUUGUUUCUAGUGUGCUGCUUCUCAGCUUCAGCUCUAGUGGUGGUUUGUGGAGUUUCUUGGUCGAGUUUGGUUUGGGGGAGAUAUCUGAAGCUUUGGUCUUUUGCUGGAAUGCAGUUGAUUUGAAGGGUUAUUUUGAGAGAAUUUUGGGUUUGGAGCUUGUUUGCAGGGGUUUUUUGUUGUUGGUUUGGGUUGGUGGUGAAUCGUUGGGCAAGUGGUUCACUUUGUUGAGUUGGGGGAGUUUGAAUUUCAGAAGCUCUUGAGGUAGGAAGAACCAGAACUUCUGAAUUUUGACAUCUCUAGACUUGAAACCCAUAUUUGUUUACCUUCUAUUCAUAUUUCCUAAGAUCAAGUCAUGAGUCAGUUGAAUCUCAGAUAUUUUUCACUUUCAUCUUUGUCUUUUCUUUUCUCUCUGCUUUGCUACCUUUCUUCAGCUUUUGCUGAUCUUAGUUCUGAUGAGCAAAGUCUCCUUGCAUUUGCUGCUGCAAUUCAUCAUGGCAAGAAACUGAACUGGAGAAAGGACACCCCAGUUUGCAUGUCUUGGAUUGGUGUCACUUGCGCAGCUGAUGGUUCUCGAGUGGUUGCUGUUCGAUUGCCAGGGGUGGGGCUCAUUGGCUCUAUCCCUGCAAACACUAUAGGCAAGCUUGAUGCUCUCCAAGUUUUAAGCCUGCGAUCCAAUCGUCUUUUGGGAAUCCUUCCUCCUGAUGUUGCAUCACUUCCUUCAUUGCAUUAUCUCUACCUUCAGAACAACAGCUUAUCGGGAAAUCUGCCUACUUCUCUUUCUCCAGGCCUCAACACCCUCGACUUUGCUUAUAAUUCUUUCACCGGAGAAAUUCCUGAAUCUAUUAGAAAUCUAUCUCAACUUAGCACAUUGAAUGUCCAGAACAAUUCGUUAUCUGGUCCGAUACCUGACCUUCGACUACCUGGUUUGAAGCAUCUGAAUCUGAGCUUCAACAACCUUAAUGGCUCCAUCCCAUUUUCCCUCCAAAGGUUCCCUAAUGAUUCUUUCUUGGGGAACUCACACUUAUGUGGCCCCCCGCUUUCGAAUUGCUCUGCAGUGCUCCCCUCACCAGCACCGUCUCCAGUUCCACCUCCGUCAACCCCUCCAACAUCACCCCCACAACACAAAAAAAGCUUUUGGAAGAGAUUAAGCACAAAAGAAAUUAUAGCAAUCGCUGUCGGUGGCGGAGGGUUAUUGUUUAUAGCUGCGUUCAUCGUCUUGGUUUGCAUUGUGAGGGGCAGAGCAAGUGAAGGAGGUGGAGAGUCAAAGGGGAAAGGUGUCCUUGGUGGAAGGAAUGAAAAGCCAGUGGAGGAGUACAGCAGUGGAGUUCAGGAGGCUGAAAAGAACAAGUUGGUUUUCUUUGAGGGAUGUUCUUUCAAUUUUGACUUGGAAGAUCUGCUUAGAGCAUCUGCAGAAGUGCUCGGCAAGGGGAGUUACGGCACGGCGUACAAGGCUGUGCUUGAGGAUGGUACCAUAGUUGUGGUGAAGAGGUUGAAGGAGGUGCUGGUUGGAAAGAGGGAGUUUGAACAGCAGAUGGAGAUCAUAGGAAAGGUCAAGCAGCAUCCGAACGUCAUGCAACUCCGUGCUUAUUACUACUCCAAAGAUGAAAAGCUUCUUGUUUUCGACUACGCUCCUGCUGGCAGCUUUUCAUUGCUCUUGCAUGGAAAUAGAACUGCUGGAAGAACUGCACUGGACUGGAACACUAGAGUGAAGAUUGCACUCGGCACAGCUCGUGGCAUAGCACACAUUCACUUGGAAGGCACAGGUAAAUUUGUUCAUGGCAACAUCAAAGCUUCCAAUAUCCUCCUAACACAAGGCAUGGAUGCUUGUGUCUCCGACUUCGGCCUUGCUCCUCUUAUGAACAAUCCUGCAACACCGUCUCGUGUAAUAGUAGGAUACCGUGCACCUGAAACCAUUGAGGCAAGGAAAUACACUCAGAAAUCCGACGUCUAUAGCUUUGGAGUUCUGCUACUAGAGAUGCUUACAGGGAAGGCUCCCAUACAAUCUCCAGGACGGGACGAUGUUGUUGAUUUACCAAGAUGGGUGCAAUCUGUUGUUCGAGAAGAAUGGACUGCUGAAGUCUUUGAUGUUGAGCUGAUGAGAUACGAAAACAUUGAAGAAGAGAUGGUUCAGAUGCUACAGAUAGCGAUGGCAUGCAUUGCGAAAUCUCCAGAACAACGUCCAAAGAUUGAAGAAGUUGUCAGGAUGAUUGAAGAGAUCCGCCAAUCGGGUUCUGAUCCUCAACCAUCUUCUGAGAAGUCUUAGCGAUUUGAUUUGUGAACUCGGUAGUGCUCAUGGUAAUUUAUUGUGCUGUGCAAGAAUGGAGUUCUCAGGAGUGAGAACUCUCACAAUGUUCUUGAUUUUAUUGAUGAUUUCUUAUCCUUGUAUUCAUUUGUCAUGUCAAGGUGUAAAAUUUGUUGAAUGUGUAUCAUUUGCAAUUCGAAAAUCACCUUCAUUGAUUGUUUUA